ACUAGGCUGGGGCCGGGUUCGCGGUGCUCGCUGAGGCGGCGGUGGCGGCGGCGGCUACGGCUGGAAGAGCCGGGCGGGAGCCCGCGGCAGAGGCCGUGGCUUGUGUUGGGAGGGUGGCGCGGAGGGACGGAGGAGGAAGAUGGCGACGUCGGGGGCGAACGGGCCCGGCUCGGCCACGGCCUCAGCUUCCAAUCCGCGCAAGUUUAGUGAGAAGAUCGCGCUGCAGAAGCAGCGUCAGGCCGAGGAGACGGCGGCCUUCGAGGAGGUGAUGAUGGACAUCGGCUCCACCCGGUUACAGGCCCAAAAACUGCGGCUGGCAUACACGAGGAGCUCCCAUUACGGUGGUUCUCUGCCAGACGUGAACCAGAUCGGCUGUGGUCUGGUGGACUUCCAGAGCCCUCUCCACUCACCUUUGGAUUCAUCCCGGAGCACGCGGCACCAUGGGCUGGUGGAACGGGAGGCGAAAGGUAUUUGUUACUUGAAACGCCCCAUCUGGUGCCUUCGUUCUUCUGCUCCUCCGGUCUCUCGCCCACCCGAGCUCGCCUCACUCUUUUCCUUAACUGGUGCUGUUCACAUUGACAGCUCUCCCUACAGCCCUGCCUACUUAUCGCCGCCCCCGGAGUCCAGCUGGCGGAGGACAAUGCCCUGGGGCAAUUUCCCUGCAGAGAAGGGGCAGUUGUUCCGACUACCAUCGGCGCUUAACAGGACAAGCUCUGACUCUGCCCUUCACACGAGCGUGAUGAACCCCAGCCCUCAGAACACUUACCCAGGCCCGGCACCCCCUGGCAUCCUGCCUGGCCGCCGUGCAGCCAACUCCACUGCGUCCUUUGCAGGUUAUCUGGAUGGUGAAAUGGACUCCAAAGUCCCUGCCAUUGAGGAGAACUUGCUAGAUGACAAGCAUUUGCUGAAGCCCUGGGACGCUAAGAAGCUCGCCUCCUCCUCCUCCUCCUCCUCCCGACCUCGGUCCUGUGAAGUCCCUGGAAUUAACAUCUUCCCAUCUCCUGACCAGCCUGCCAAUGUGCCUGUCCUCCCACCUGCCAUGAACACGGGAGGCUCCCUACCUGACCUCACCAACCUGCACUUUCCGCCCCCUCUGCCCACCCCCCUGGACCCAGAGGAGACAGCCUACCCCAGCCUGAGUGGGGCCAACAGUACCUCCAAUCUGACCCACACCAUGACGCACCUGGGCAUCAGCGGAGGCCUGGGCCUGGGCCCCGGCUAUGAUGUGCCAGGACUCCAUUCACCUCUCAGCCACCCGUCCUUGCAGUCCUCCCUAAGCAACCCCAACCUCCAGGCCUCCCUGAGCAGUCCUCAGCCCCAGCUCCAGGGCUCCCACAGUCACCCCUCCCUGCCUGCCUCCUCCUUGGCCCGCCACGCACUGCCCGGCACCUCCCUGGGUCACCCCUCGCUCAGUGCCCCAGCCCUCUCCUCCUCUACCUCCGCCUCCGCUUCAUCUCCUGUGCUGGGUGCCCCCCCUUACCCAGCUUCUACCCCUGGGGCCUCCCCCCGCCACCGCCGUGUGCCCCUCAGUCCCCUGAGUUUGCCCGCGGGCCCAGUCGACGCCAGAAGGCCCCAGCAGCAGCUGCCCAAACAGUUUUCGCCAACAAUGUCACCCACUUUGUCUUCCAUCACUCAGGGCGUCCCCCUGGACACCAGUAAACUGCCCACUGACCAGCGGCUGCCUCCAUACCCAUACAGCCCCCCAAGUCUGGUUCUGCCUAGCCAGCCACCCACCCCAAAGCCUGUGCAGCAGCCAGGGCUGCCCCCUCCGGCCUGCUCAGUGCAGCCCUCGGGGGGGCAGCCCCCAGGCAGGCAGCCGCACUAUGGGACACUGUACCCACCCAGCUCCAGUGGGCAUGGGCAGCAGUCCUACCACCGGCCAAUGAGUGACUUCAGCCUGGGGAACCUGGAGCAGUUCAGCAUGGAGAGCCCAUCUACCAGCCUGGCACUGGAUCCUGCUGGCUUUUCUGAGGGGUCUGGAUUUUUAGGGGGUGAGGGACCAGUAGGUGGCCUCCAGGACCCCCACGCCCUCAACCACCAGAACUUGACCCACUGCUCCCGCCAUGGCUCAGGGCCUAACAUCAUCCUCACAGGAGACUCCUCCCCGGGCUUCUCUAAGGAGAUUGCAGCAGCCCUGGCCGGAGUGCCUGGCUUCGAGGUGUCAACAGCUGGGUUGGAGCUGGGGCUGGGGCUGGAGGACGAGCUGCGCAUGGAGCCCCUGGGCCUGGAAGGGCUCAAUAUGCUGAGCGACCCCUGUGCCCUGCUGCCCGAUCCUGCUGUGGAGGACUCAUUCCGCAGUGACCGGCUGCAGUGAGGGCACGCGUCCCCAUCCCUCUUCUAGGCCCCGUUCCCCAUCACUGUCCCUUCCUCCCUCCCCCUGGCCAGUAGAGACUCCACUCUCUGCCCCCAGACCCUCUUUCUAACAUGAAUCAGAGAAAGCAAGGGGUUGGUCCAGGUGGCCCCUGAGUUCUGCACAAGGGGUGGGCCUGGGGGAGGCCAAGGGGGGUCUAAAGCACUUGUAACUUUGAACCGUCUGUCUGGAGGUCAGAGCCUGUUGGAGAAAGCGGGGGGUAGAGGGGAGCCCCGGAGGCAGGGCUAGUCCGGAUGCCUAGGGGUGGGCAGUGCCAGCCCCUCCUCACCACUCUUCCCCUUGCAAUGGAGGAGAGAGCCAGAGUGGAUAUUAUUUUUUAUUAAAUAUAUUAUAUGUUAAUAAAAAAACCGUAUCAAACCCGUGUGUGGUUGGCUACUGUUUUGGAUACGGCUGGGGGUCUAGGGAAGGCUCGGGCACAGGCCCUUUCAUCUGUUAGGCUUUUUGCGUCUUCUCAGCACCACUGUCGUUUGGGGAGGGCAGACUCAGAAUGUGGACCCAGCCGUGGACAUGGGGGUGAAGUGGAUGGAAGUCCCCGGGGCAGCAGGGGCGCCCUCCCACCUGUCCAGGGCUCGGCUGCGGCAUCCGUUCAGGGGCUCGACUGGCCAGACAAUCCACUGCUCUUCCUCAGCGCUGCGACCUGGCAGGGAGUCCGGUGAGGCCCGACUGCUGGCUCGUCACAGGUCUGGUGGUGGUACCGUGACCCUGGCUUUCCCCUUGGGUAGCUGGCCUCAGUGCUCAGGCUCCCAAGGAGAGAGGCAUUAACAGCUAAUGACACCACGUAGGCCACUUUCUUCCGGCCUUUCAGCCCAGAGGACCUAGAAGUUAGACAGGUGGUACCUGGCCAGCCUCAGGUCUCAGGGAAGCUCGGAGGUCUCAUUCCUGCCCCAUCACUGGGCUGGAAUUCACGCUCCCCACUCCCCCACUCAGGCGUGGGGCAGAUUCUUGAGCACUAAGCGUGUUCUGAAGAGGUUUCUUGUCUGGCGUGGGGCGCGAGCCCUCGGACCGGACCGCUGGAGCCUUGCCGGCGUCUCCCACUCCCAGCAUAGUCGGAGGUCGUGCCCCUCCUCAGUUACCCCUGCUCUACUGCUCUAACACACCCUCCAGUCCUGGCCUGUCCUCUUCCUCUUUCCAAAGCUCUUGUCUUGUACAGAAAAGAGAACUGAGAGCUUCUGGCUUAGCCCGAAGGGAAUGCAGUGUGCCCCAAACCUGGAAGUAGGGGGAGCCACCUGGGUUCCCGCAGCCUGGGCCUUCAGGGCCUUUACCCAGGCCUGCAAACCACAUCAGCCUAGGACCGAGGGCGGGACGGGA